AACCCAGCAGCCUGGCCUGUGAGCGCUGAAAAACUUGUUGUUGUCAGGGAAAAUGGCGUCAAACGUAGAAGCCCCGGAGCGCUGGUACCUCGCCCUGCUCGGCUUUGCGGAGCAUUUCCGAACCUCCAGUCCGCCCAAAAUCCGCCUUUGCGUCCAUUGUCUCCAGGCUGUGUUCCAGUUCAAGCCGCCACAGAGGAUAGAGGCCCGUACGCAUCUCCAGCUGGGCUCGGUCCUCUACCACCACACCAAGAACAGCGAUCUGGCCCGCAGCCACCUGGAGAAGGCGUGGUAUAUAUCCCAGCAAGUUCCUCAGUUCGAAGAUGUCAAGUUUGAGGCUGCAAGCAUUUUAUCGGAACUCUUCUGCCAACAGAAUUUGGUGGACUCUGCAAAACCUCUUCUACGCAAGGCCAUCCAAAUUUCUCAACAAACACCGUACUGGCACUGCAGGCUGUUGUUCCAGCUGGCGCAACUUCAUACACUGGAGAAAGACUUGGUGUCAGCGUGUGACCUGCUGGGCGUCGGCGCGGAGUACGCCCGCGUGGUGGGCUCGGAAUACACCAGGGCGUUGUUUCUCCUCAGUAAAGGCAUGUUGCUGCUAAUGGAGAGGAAGCUGGGCGAGGUUCAUCCCUUGCUGACGCUGUGUGGAACCAUCGUAGAGAAUUGGCAGGGAAACCCAAUCCAGAAGGAGUCCCUCAGGGUCUUCUUCCUGGUCCUGCAGGUCACACACUACCUGGAUGCUGGACAGGUGAAGAGUGUGAAGCCGUGUCUGAAGCAACUGCAGCAGUGCAUCCAGACCAUUUCGACACUCCACGAUGACGAGAUUCUUCCCAGCAACCCGGCUGACCUCUUUCAUUGGCUCCCUAAGGAGCACAUGUGUGUCCUUGUUUAUCUGGUGACAGUGAUGCACUCCAUGCAAGCGGGUUACCUGGAGAAAGCACAGAAGUACACAGACAAGGCGUUAAUGCAACUAGAGAAAUUAAAAAUGUUGGACUGCAGCCCCAUCCUUUCUACCUUUCAAGUCAUUCUACUGGAGCACAUCAUCAUGUGCAGGCUUGUCACAGGCCACAAGGCCACUGCGCUACAGGAGAUCUCACAGGUGUGUCAACUUUGCCAACAGUCUCCCAGGUUAUUCACCAACCAUGCUGCACAGCUCCACACUUUAUUAGGCCUCUACUGCAUCUCUGUGAACUGCAUGGAUAACGCAGAGGCACAGUUUACCACGGCCUUGCGGCUCACCACGCACCAGGAGCUGUGGACUUACAUCGUCACCAAUUUGGCCAGCGUUUACAUUCGGGAAGGCAACAGACACCAAGAGUUGUACAGCCUCUUGGAGAGAAUAAACCCAGACCACAACUUCCCAGUCAGCUCACACUGCCUCCGCGCCGCUGCUUUCUACAUCCGGGGACUGUUGUCCUUCUUCCAAGGCCGCUACAAUGAAGCCAAACGCUUCUUGAGAGAAACCCUGAAGAUGUCUAAUGCAGAGGACCUAAACAGACUAACUGCUUGCUCGCUGGUUCUGCUGGGCCACAUCUUCUAUGUGUUGGGCAACCACAGAGAAAGCAAUAACAUGGUGGUACCGGCCAUGCAGCUGGCCAGCAAGAUUCCUGAUAUGUCUGUGCAGCUUUGGUCCUCCGCGCUGUUGAAAGAUUUGAACAAGGCGCUGGGGAACACCAUGGAUGCCCAUGAAGCAGCUCAGAUGCACCAGAACUUCUCCCAACAGCUGCUGCAAGACCAUAUCGCCGCCUGCAGCCUCCCUGAGCACAACCUCAUUAGUUGGAUUGACGGCCCCCCUCCUGUCCAGAUCCAAGCCCAGAACGGCCCCACUACCAGCCUCGCAAGCCUACUAUGAGGGAGGGCGGGGGGGGGACUGUGUGUGUAUGUGUGACAGCGUGCGUGCGUGUUUGCUGCUGGUACAUUAUCACAACAAACGUAGUUUAAAAAGUUGCUAUCCAGAUCAUUUUUCAUCCCGAUCUAAGUGACUUUGUAAUUUCCUGGUUCACUGCUAUCACGGUUUUAAUUUGCUGUAAAAACAAUUACCACUACUGUUGUCGUCUGGUUGGAUCGGGGCAUGACGUUUGGGCUGGUUUAGGUUCGAGCAGGGAUGGGCCGCCUAUGUCUCUCUCCCCUCUCAAUUCUAAAAACAAAUAGCAGCUCUUUAGUAUGUGAUCAUAAACAUCUGUUCAAAGGACUGUAGCUAACAUGACAGUAAGGUUCCCCGGCCCACUUAAGAGCUACUUCACUUCACCCAGAGUCCUCCUCUCGAUUUUCCAGCUUUCGUUUUCAUUUGUAAGGAAGACAGGGCGAUAGGUAGACAGGAGGGUAGUAAAGAUGUAGAAAAAAAAUUAUUUAUUCAUAUUUUUGUAUCUGUUGUUAAAUAUUUGACAUUAUGCUUUCAUUUUUUUUUUUUUUUUUUUCAUAUGCAUGGAAGUUACUGAUGUUGGAUUCCUUGUACAUUAGUUCCUGGCCUGGGUUUGCGAGUAUGAUAUACUUGGUAGAUAUUUUUUGCACAAAAUCCAUAAUAGAGAAGUAAAAUGACCUCUUGUAAUAUAUUUUCACAUUAAUCAGUUGGAAUGUUGCAUUUUUGCUAAAUUAGAGUUGGGGUGCAUUUCUAUGAAAGUUCAGUGUUCAUUGUGUAUGGAUCCAACAUCCAUGCAAUGUUUUAUAUCAUUUUGCGCCCCCCCCCCCCAUUUCCAUAAUAUAUUAAUUUCUACAAAUCAUGUACUUUUUUUAAUCCAUAACUUUCAGAUCUUGUCCAUUUUUUUUACAUACUUUUUUGUAAUUCUGAAUUUGUCACGAUUAGUUCUACUCAAUUGUGUUCUUUACAGUCUGUGCAUAUGGAUUCACCACUCACUAAACCUUUUAUUGUACAGCGACAUUUUAUAAAGUCAGUUUAGUAAAGUGUCAUGUAUUUUUAGCCCUAACGAUGUAGAGAUUUCAACGCUUGGUAUUUAAGGCACUCUGUUAAGGACACAGUUUAAGCUCGAGUACUAGUUAUACUCUAUCAAUGAAUAUGUUUUUAAUGCUCAUGAUGUUUUCAAUAAUUUUUCCAAUUAAAAAAAAUAUGAAACAACAAA